AUGGAGUCUUUUAAAACUGUUCCAGUCCCGUCUCCAGAGUCUCCAGAUCCGGGCAUUGACGAAGCUCCGGCGUUUGACCCUCAAAACCCUCGAAUUCCGUCGGAUGCUCCGUCUACUGGUUCUCUUGUCUCGCGUCCUUUGCCGCCAACAUCUGGUCUCAGAGAUUCCGUAAUCGCAGAUCCAGACCUAAGUCUGGUGUUUGCAGAACGCGUGUCUCUUGUUUAUGCUCUCGACUCUCCUUUCCCGUGUGGUACAUCCUUGUAG